UACUGAUAAAGUACUUGUACCUCCUCUCGCUCUCAGAUCAGCAGUCCGACAGGAAAACACCCAAAUAAGGCUCGAGGAAGUGAUGACGCGUCAGAGCCUGAUCCGAGCUGUGACGUGUCUCCGCGUGUUUCCGGACACGGCGGCUCCCCGCUGCCCGUUAACCGGCUGCAGUCCGGCUGUGAGAUGGUGACCACCGAUCGGGACCGGAUUCUGGACUCUACCGGGACCGUCCCGCUGCGGGGGGAUCAAAGAGAGCAGCGGGCUGCAUGCGCCUCCGCUCUGCCCAAAUAUGGGCUUUCCUCCCGCCGCGUCAGGAAGGCUACGUCACGCAGGAGUCUUUAUAAAGGCGGAUCCUCGCUGAGGGAAGCGACACAUCCAAGUUCAAGUUGUCAGGGAGGCGCGUGAAAACCCGUGCACGUUGUUUACCUCACUCCGUGCACGCAAACAUCCGGGGUAUCUCUACACGUCCACGCGGGACCCGGAGCCUUCGACCCUUCCAGCGUGGGCUUCCUAUAAGGCAUCCCGCACAGAGCGCCUCUCCGCCGACUCAGCAGCGGGAUCCCCUCGGUCCUGCGGUGCUCUUCCACCACCUCCUCCACCGGACCGAUGGCAGCGACCAGAGCCGAGCUGCCGCUGUCCGGCCUCCCGCCGCCCCCCUCCCCUCUGGAGGGGCACUUCUCCCAGCUGGAGGAGCUGCUCAUGCUGCUGCAGAGCGCGGAGCGGGGCGGAGACUCUGUGGACCUGGACCAGGGCUUCUCCCCUCAGGCCUACAGCGGUCGCUUCAGCUUCGAGCCCGCCUCCUGUACCGGCCUGUGGGCGGAGCCUCUCCUCAGCCUCUUCACAGGGUUGGUCGCUGUCCCCCCCCCUGCGGCCUGCGGCGCCUCCCUCUCUCGCUUGUCAUCGUCAGUGAUGUCAUCGCCGCCGAUCUUUAGCUCCACCUCCGAUGACGUCACCUCUGUCUUCUCCGCCACGCCGACAUACACGUCUGACGGCGGUUCCGACCUCUUCACCCCCCCCGUCGACUCCCAGCCGGCCCACCAGGCCUUCCCGCCGCAGGUCUCCCCCCCCGCCUACCCGCCCUCCCAGGUGGGGCAGAUGCUUCCCGACUAUCAGCACAGCGACCUCUGUCCGAAGCCGCUCACGCCGCUUUCUGCCAUUCAAGCCUUCUCUUCGCAGAGUCAGCCCAGAGGCCCCGCCCACCGGACCACAGCGCCCACACCGGGUCGGGCGAGAAAGUCCCCCACCGGGCGGCCGUGCAGAACGCCGCCGCACGAGCGCCCGUACCCCUGCCCGGCUGACGGCUGCGAUCGGCGCUUCUCGCGCUCCGACGAGCUGACGCGUCACGUGCGCGUGCACACGGGCCAGAGGCCGUUCCAGUGCCGCAUCUGCAUGCGCAGCUUCAGCCGCAGCGACCACCUGACCACGCACAUCCGCACGCACACCGGGGAGAAGCCCUUCGCCUGCAGCGAGUGCUGCCGCAAGUUCGCCCGCAGCGACGAGCGCAAGCGCCACGCCAAGAUCCACCAGAAGCAGCGGGAGCGCCGGAGCUCCGCCUCUUCCGUCAGCGGGCCCCGCCCCCGCCCCUACUCCUCCCCCUGCUCCUCCUAUUCCUCCCCCUCCCUCUGCUUCACCUCUUCCUCCUGCUCCUCCCCAGUGGGCAGUCCUCAGUCCAACGUUCACCGUGACCUUUGACCUCGAACUGGAACUCCGCCCUUGUGUGAACGAACCGGGUCAAAGGUCAAACACAUGAACCUGAGCCAGAGCAGAGUACCUUUAUAAGUGUACAUAAUGUCUAAAUGUAGUGUAAUGUACAGGAAGGUGUGCUACAUGUGGUAUAAAGUACAUGAACGUGUACCUACUGAGUAGGUUCGAAGACUUUUUUCAUGUUUUUAUACUCAACGUGUUUUUACAUCAAGUCACGAGAAUAAAAUGUCAAAACUCUG